UGUUGUGUUGUUGUUGUGUGUUCUUCCACACCUGACAGGGAACCGUUCUUUUAUGUUGUGUUAAACAGGACAGAGACAGAACUGGAACCAAGGCACACAGACCCAGAGCAGGGCUGUCCGCGUACUUUUGGCCACACGAUAGGGUGUUUUUUCUGCCGGCGGGGGGCGCUGUGGGGCUGCCGAGGAGCCGCUGAGCCAGCGGGGCGUCCAGAGGAGGGGGAGGAGGAGUAACCGGACACCGACUCAGAGAGCGGCUCCUGGCCGGUCAGAGCCCAGCGGAGCCCUGCGGCAGCAGCACGGAGCAACGGGGCGACGAGCAGAGUCACAGCCGGGACCAACAGCUGAGGAGCGGCGGAGGCUCCGGUCCUGCCUGCGGGACUUUAACUGCUUUGAACCCGCUUUUAUCUCCUCCUCCCGCCGCUCUGCCGCGCACUGUGGACACAUAACGGAGUUACCGUGAAAGUAGGUGAAGUACCGACACUGGUCCGCCGCCGGCAGCCUGACAGCCGCCAGCAUGAAGAAGAACCACUCGGGGAAACGGGGUCCGCAGGACUUGGCGUCGCAGAACUUUCAGCCCGAUAAAGUCGGCUGGAUCAGAAAGUUCUGCGGUAAAGGGAUCUUCAGAGAGAUCUGGAAGAACCGCUUUGUGGUUCUGAGAGGAGAUCAGCUGUUCAUCUGUGAGAAAGAGGUGAAGGAGCUGGGCCGGGCUGAUGAGGUUUUGGACCUGUCGGACUACGAGCGCUGUGAGGAGAUCCGCAAGAACAAGAGCCGCAGCAAAAAGAACCACAGCAAGUUCAGACUGCAGCGCUGCAGCACACCAGGGAACACGGUGCCCAACCUGGUCUUCCUGGCUGUCAGUCCAGAGGAGAAAGAGUCCUGGAUCAACGUCCUGAACGCUGCCAUCACCAGAGCCAAAAACAGAAUCCUGGACGAGGUGACGGUCGAAGACUCGCAGCUGUCUCACCUGACUCGAGAUCGAGUGAAGAUUCCUCACAACCGCCGGCUGCCAACCAGAGGCCACCUGCUGGCCGUGGCCUCUACGUCCUCCUCAGAUGGAACGCUGACUCUAGAUCUGAUCCAGGAGGAAGACGCUCUGUCUCAGGGAGCCAACUGCUGCAAUGGCUUUAGGAGUGACCUGGACAAGUCCCACCUGACUCCGGACUGUCCCAGGUCCAAAACUGAUGGUGCUCUUUCUACCAGGAACGCUGAGGCUUCUGGGAAAUCCCAGAGCCUUCCUCGCGAGGUGGCGGUGGUGUGGGAGCAAAUAGGUCCCAGCCAAACCGCUCAGGCAGGAAAAGGUUUGACAACGGCAGAGAAAAACCGCUGCGCCUCCAUGGAUGAGAUCCUGUCACAUUCAGAGACUAAAGCUGCUAAGAACAAGGCUGUGGUAGAGUCCCGUUCACCGGCCUCAACGCCAACCACGGUAUCCAUCAGCCAGCUGCAAGAGCUGAUCAACCAGAAGCUAGAGAAGACCGAGCGGCUGCUUACGGAGGUGCGGGGGGAGGCUGAGGGGGACGCCAGGGGGCGGGGGAAGGUGAAGUGCAAAGAGCCCGCUGAAGCAGCGCAAACUGAAGCUGAGAGACUCCUGAAGGAGGCGGCAGCGGCCUGGAGUCAGGCCCGGGAGGUUCUGGAAGAGGUGAAGGAGCUGAGGGUGUUGUACCGUCAACUGGACUCCUCUUCCCCCAUCACCCCCUCCAACAGUACAAAACUAAACCCGGACCGCAAGAGCCUGAUGUGAACUGGAGGUACGGACUCGUUCUGGUACGAACAGGUUCACACUCUGGUCUCAGACUUCGGAAGAAGCUGCUGAGAACCUGACAAACCGCUUUUAAAUUAUUUUGAAAAAUUCAGGCUUUGAUUUUCAGCUGUCGUAGGAACCAGGACAGAAUUCUGACACAGCUCAGUGCCCAGGGACAUCAGACGUCUUCAGAAAACAUCUGAAAAUAUAUGAAACAAAGGUGAAUCAGCUUAGCUGAAGUUGUACGAAAGCCUCUUUUUAGUUGUACAAACGUCCUCAGCAACAAAACUACUGGACAACACCUGAGGUACCUUUACAGGAAACUGACCUGACAUCUCUUACUGAAGGGAAUGAAAAUGUGCCAUGGAGAGUUUAGAGAUGAUGGAAAACCUCAGGAUUCUGGAUCCUUUUUAUUUUGUGGUUAUGUAAACUGGGAAACGUAAAGAAGAUGCAGUUUUGUGCAGCUGGGCUUUGGACUGAAGGACCAGCUGAGGGUACGAAUGCAGGGUACACAGGGAGGAGGACUCCUCUGAGUGAUGUCAGGACUCAUCACAUUUAUUUCUCUUGAUCUUAAUGCUGAUUAUCCUGAAUCACCUGAGAUUUUUGGGAUAAAACUCAAAUCAACAAGUUUCUUAUUUUUAAAGCACGGUGUACAAACUGUAUGAAAUAAAACAGGUUCAGCUCAUCUGA